AUGUCCUUCUCUUCCUCCUGCACGCAGGUACCGCUUCUCCUCCCUGAGGAACUCCGCGACGAAGUGCUGAGUGGAGCGGCGGAGAUCAUCGUGGAGCGCGGUAGUCGCAACCGCUGCUUCUUGCACGUCUACAGUGAAGAGGAGCGACUUGCCAAGGUCGAGGACAUCGCGGACCCGGAUGAUGUGGUGCGGCACGCGCAUGAAAAACACCUGAGUGAGCUACGCUGGGCGCGAGACGUGCUGUGGGCCGACUCGCGCUUUCAGCGUUUUGUGAGGUACGCGGACCAUAUCUUGUGGCCGGCGUACGAGUCUCUCAGUAAAGUUGUCAACGUGGUGCAUCAGCUGAUUCUCUGCGAGGAAGGCGACAACGCAACGGUACUGAAGAGAGCGCGCGACGUGGCUGUUGCGAACGGCAUCCUUCGACGCGAGGCCACGCUCCCUGGUCUGCACCCCCUCAAAGAGACGAGGUUAGAAGGCCAGGCGAUCCUGUACGACGUGCAGCAAGUGCGGAAGCGCAGCCGUGACGCGUGGGCGGCGACGAUGCCGUCGGUGCUCUUGCGCGUCGACGAGGAGCCCGUUGACUCUGUCGCUUGGAUUGCCGAGGUAAAGCAGGCAUCGUACAGCGUCUCGGACAUCCUGCAGCUUCAGCUUGCCACCACGCCGUUGAAGCGACUCGUUGAGCUGCUGUCGCAGCCGGAGGGCUCUCCGGCUGCUGCCCAUACCGCCUCGGCCGCAUCUACGGCAAGGCAGCAGUGGCGCGGUCUGCUCGAGAAGCAUCGACAAUGGGCCGAGUACCACUCACUCUUCGCGGAUGUAGAGGAGGCCUGUCGGGGGUGGGGGGCUUCGGAGGCGUGCGUGGCGCGCGACGUGCAUGUGGCUUUGACAAGCGGUUCCAGUGUACAGCUACGCACGGGGGUUCACGCGAGCGUGCUACAGAGACUGGAACUGCAUAUUCUGCUGAGCCCUCGCUUCCGCAAGCUUGACAGUUUCACGGCGGCGGAGCAGGCCGCCUUUUCAGCUCACUGCCCCGCCCGCUCUUGGGGUGAGUGUGUGAAGGAGGGUAUGGUGCGCGUGGUGGCGCUGCCUCCCACCGGUCUUACUCCAGCGAAGCUUGACACGCUCGUCCGUCAGCUUUUCCUGACCCCUGCGCUUUGUGAUGUGCCCCUUGCACAGUGCUGCACGGUGGGCGAGGCUCGCAGCAUCACCGCUGACCUACAGGUGGUUCACGUGACGUCCACCUUCAACCCAUUCGUGGUGGUGCACGGCAGCCGCGUAUCGAGCGGUUUUGCCGGUGAUGUGCCAUAUUUUAGUUCCCUGCAGCAUGAGCGCGACCGACUCAUCACAGAUCGCACGAAUGCGCAGCUCCGGCAAGGCCUCCACGAGGCAACGUCGCGCGGCACCAGUGGCGCUCCCAGCGACUUUGUGAGCCUUCAGUCCUCUUCGCAGAGGGCACCCUUAAGGAUAACUGGCGAUGCAGCAAUAGCCGCCUUCAACCGAGCCCUCAUCUCGGCGCUGGCCGUGAGUCCUCUCUCGCGGGUGGGGAUACAGCACCACCCGGCGAUGCUGGAGUACAGAGAUGCCGUCAAUUACGAGGCCGUUCUCAAGGUGGCGCUCAAGGAGCAUGCAGAGUUCAAGGGGCGAAAGUACCAGUUGCGCGACUGA